AUGGGCGCUGCGACGCGCGUGAGGUCGGCUCACUUCUUCAAGAAGGUGCCAAAAGAAAUCACAGAGGGCACCUGGCUCGGCGGCGUCGUCUCGAUCACCGGCGUGCUCGUGACGGCGUUGCUGGUCGCUUCACUGACGCAGACCUACCGCACCGCCACCGUCAAAACGGAGCUCAUGCUAGACCGGCCCGCCGACUCCACGGUGGACGUGUCGUUCAACAUCACGAUGGAGCGGCUGCCUUGCCGCUUUGCUUCGGUCGACCUCUUUGACGAGACGGGCACCAAGCGGCUCAACAUCACGCUCUCCAUCCGAAAGACGCGCCUCUCUGCCCUCGACGGCUCCCACCUCCCCGACGCGGCGCCCGAGGUCUGGACAGACGAGCCGGGCGAGGUUGCGGCGCUGGCGGGCGAGGCGGGCGGCGAGGUCGGGAGGCAGCUCUCCUCGACCGACGGUGUGGUCCCCGUGCUGACGAGCUUCCCGGACCCCGCGGUUGCGGCGGCGCGGAGUGCGAAGGGUGCCAGCGGGGACGCGCCUCCCUGCGUCGACCUGGACGAGAGCUGCCCGAGCUGGGCGAAGGGCGGCGAGUGCGACAAGAACGCAAACUACAUGCACAAGAACUGCGCAAAGGCGUGCGGCGUGUGCGACCCGGGCGUCGAGGCGCCGCCCGAUCCGCCCGCCGGCACGGUCAGCUUCGACGACUAUCUGCUGGACAAGGAGCUCUCCCUCGUGGCGUUCGGCGCGCCGCGCGCCCUGGUGCCCUUGGUCGCGAAAGAUGGAGCCGUCUAG